GGUGGCUGUUGGCUUUUGGAGCGAGACAGUGCCAUUAUCGUCCUCCACAGAUUCAGUAAAUACGUGCACUACCGCAUUCUGUCGCGCAGAUGUGAUUUGCAUAAACGGUGUUCAACACACGAGAGGAGUCCCACAAGCCUCCUGCAGAUCGCUCCCUUUCUGGUGUGGAGGGUGGUGGUCAUGUCUGGAGAGGUUGGAGCUACAGUGGAGUGGGAGGAGCCACCGCUGAUCCUCGAUGGUGGGGAGGUGUACAGGAACCCUACAGAGGUGAAGAUGAGUCAGAUCGUCCUCCCCUGCCACGCCAACCACUGCGGUGAGCUCAGCAUUGGCCAGCUGCUCAAGUGGAUGGACUCCACCGCCUGCCUUUCAGCUGAAAGGCAUGCUGGGUGUUCCUGUGUCACAGCCUCUGUGGAUGACAUUCACUUUGAGCAGACCAUAGGGGUGGGACAGGUUGUCAGUAUCAGAGCGAGAGUGAACCGAGCCUUCACAUCCAGCAUGGAGGUGGGCAUUGUUGUGACCUGCGAGGACCUCUACAGUAGCAGGCAGUGGAGUGUGUGUCACGCCUUCUCUACCUUUGUGGCUCGACGCCCCGAGGCAGGAAAGCUGAAGCAGGUGAUUCCACACACCCAGGCAGAGCAAAUAGAGUACAGCCUGGCAGCAGAACGCAGGAGAAUGAGGCUGAUCCAUGCAGAGAUCAUAAAAGAUCUCCUCACAAACUGCCCCUCUCAGCCAGCGGAUGAGCACCUGCAGUGCUCAGAAGGCGUGCCGGCGGAGCGCACACGGGUGGAGAGUGUGGAGCUUGUCCUUCCGCCUCACACCAACCACCAGGUGAGCACGUUUGGUGGCCAGAUCAUGGCCUGGAUGGAGAACGUGGCCACCAUUUCAGCCAGUCGCCUAUGCAAUGCUCACCCGACCCUGCGCAGCAUAGACAUGUUUCACUUCCGGGGCCCAUCACACAUGGGAGACCAACUGGUCCUGAAGGCCAUCGUCAACAAUGCAUUCAGGAAAAGUAUGGAGGUGGGUGUGUGUGCGGAGGCCUAUCAGGGUGGAGAACCGCUACGACACAUCAACAGUGCCUUCAUGACUUUCGAGGUCCUAGACCACAACAAAGAGCCAUGCACAUUACCACGGAUACGACCAGAGCCCAUGGAUGGUAGGAGGCGGUUUCAGGAGGCCAUAGCCAGGAAGAAGAUCCGCUUAGACAGGAAGUACAUCAUCUCUUGCAAGCAGAGUGAGGUUCCACUCUCAGUGCCAUGGGACCCGACCAAUCAGAUGUACCUCAGCUUCAAUAACGUAUCCGCACUGAAGAUGCUUGCAGCACGGAACACCUGGGUCCUCACCUCGGAGAAGAAGAAGGUCAGUCUGUACACACUGGAGGAAAACCACAUGCUGAGUUUCAAGGUGGAGACUCACGUUGCCGUGGGAGCAGAGAAGGUGUUUGUGCUUCUGUCAGACCUCAAAUGCAGACACAAGUGGGACCCACAUUACAAAGAGUGUGAGGUGAUCAGCCAUGUAGACGGAGAUGACACCAUUUACCGCGUUGUUACGCCUUCUGUUAGCAAAGGAGGCAAGGUGCAGGACUUCAUCCUCCUGGCCUCCAGGAGGCGCCCUUGUGAUUCUGGGGACCCUUACUGGAUUGCCCUUUGCUCCGUGAGUCUGCCGGCAUAUCCGCCCACGGCGGACUACAACAGGGGGGAGGUGCUUUGUGCGGGCUUUAGUGUAGAGGAAGAGGCCACCCACACCAAGCUUUCCUACUACAACCAAGCCACUCCAGGUGUCCUGCCAUACAUCUCCACUGACAUCGCUGGGCUUUCCUCCAGGAUCUACUCUGCUUUUACGUCCUGCAGGACGUUCCUGGAAGAGAAUGAGGACAGUGUGACCUCAGCGACCUCAGGGGCCCCAGCAACCCUGGGGGGACAUGUCACUGGGAAACCGCUUUAAGGAGAAAAACACGUUCCUUCAUGGGUUUUCCAUAAUGCAUGAUAGUGCUCAGUGGAGUUUAUGUAGACACAGAGAAGAAGCUUCUUUUGAAAUAAAUACAUGCCUGCCCCUUGAAAUUGAAUGUGCGCAGUUAUGAAAAAUGUGUAAAACGAAUGACAGGGUCAUUCAUUGCUACAAAAGAAACAAACAUCUGAGGGGAACACAUCAAGUGUGUUUUUGUACUAUGAUAAACACACAACUCUCCAUCAGUACUAACGUCCUCCACAGCCACGCAGCCUGGAUCCCAAGGCAUUUGAAAAAUGACCCAGACUCUCACGCUCAUGGACAGAGUGUCACCUGCUGGACAGAAACUGUGUUGACUUGGAGCUGGGGAUGGAGAAAGGUGUGGUUGGAUGGUUCUGGGUGGUGUUAGAGAGCAAAAGUGUUGACCUCUUCAGUUCCUGCUCCAGUGAGCUGAGUGCAUUGGGUCAUCUCAAGCAACAGCUAGCUGCGAUCCUGUAGCAGCUUAAGACUGGGGUGCGGCACGCUGCCGUGUCACGCUGAUCUGAUGCGUGUGUAUACAGUGCUGGACUAUACCGCACCACUGUGGGUGGGGGAUUGCUACUUUCAGUCAGGAAACCCCAGCACCUCUUCUCAAGGUUUCACAAUUACUGUGAAAGAUUCUAGUGCAGAUAGAAAGUGCGCAAAUGUGCACAUAUGAUAAAGUUACUCUGAACGGUACCAGUCAUUGUAAAGAUUUUGACAUUAUUUUGGUAAUUACUGUAAAUAUCAAUUAAACUUACAUCAUAUUACAAUACAAAUAAUCAUAAUUUAGUAAGAAGUGAUUCCUAUUUAUUAAGGAAAAAUCAAAAUAGGAAUUUUAAAAAGUUUGGAAAAACUUCAUAUAUAUAGUAUUUGUGCAAUAUGCAACUUAUUCUCAGUGUUAGGAAGGUGGUUCUUUAUUUAUAAACCAUACUGCACUACAGUUACCAUGGGGAAUGAAUGCAGGAAUGCUAACCCCACUGGCCAAGGCGCACACCAACUAGGAGUAGUUUGGUUUGGUUUGGUUUUGCUACUGUUUGAUUAUUUUCUACCUCGUGAUAUGAAGUUUCCUUUUUCUUUUUGACUGCCAAUUAAUAACUGAAUCUGGAUGUUAUAGCUAAAGAAAAUAAUAUGAUGCAUAGUUAUGAUUUAUUCAUAUGAAUAACAACUUUGAGAUGAAUUGCAGUUAUUCAUAUUUAAAACAUUACAGAAAUUUGGCAUAAUUUAUUUAAAUACAAUAAAGCAUCCAAAAAA